GUGCCUACUUUCUACUGUGCCCAUUGCUUUAGCAGGGCAGCUUGUGCCAAGGCUGAAGAGCACAUGUGGCAUGUUCAAUGUUUUCCCAACCACAGAUGCAAAGCUCUUUCUUUUGAAGCCAGAACAGCCAGUGAAGAAGCUCUUCCUCUGGAGGUCUUCAGAUACUAUCAUCAGUCUAACAGACAAUUUUGCUGACCUUGUUGGCCAAGAUCUAAUUUUUCUACCAUGAAGACUUUACUGAGAUCACAGAUCCUCACAUCCUCCUGGAGAUUUAAAUCGCCUCCUGGGUUGCUUCACAGACCCUGCUGGCUGCUUAACACUCCAAUUUCUGCACAGUACAGAGUCCUAAGACACAGGGACCAGCAAUUGCCAGAGUACUUUAACUAUGCAAGUGACGUGUUGGAUAAAUGGUCUCAAAUGGAAAAGGAUGGAAAGAGACCUUCCAAUCCAGCGUUAUGGUGGAUAAACGGCAGAGGAGGUGAAGUGAGAUGGAGUUUUGAGGAGCUGGGAGCCCUGUCCCGAAAAGCAGCCAACGUUCUCUUGGACCACUGCGGGCUGCAGAAAGGAGACAGAGUCAUCAUUGUUCUCCCCCGGAUCCCAGAAUGGUGGUUGGUGACAGCAGCUUGCCUGAGGACAGGAAUCAUUCUCAUCCCUGGGACAUCCCAAUUAACAGCCAAAGACAUUCAGUACAGACUCCAGGCAUCUAAGGCUAAAUGCAUCAUCACUACAGAUGCUCUUGCUCCAGCAGUGGACUCUGCUGCAGCUGACUGUCACUUCCUGAAAACCAAAUUGAUGGCAUCUGAAGGCAAGAGAGAAGGAUGGUUAAACUUCAAUGGCCUCUUAAAAGAGGCACCUUCUGACCACACCUGUGUGAAAACAAAACUUCAAGACCCAAUGAUGGCUUUCUUUACCAGUGGAACUACAGGUUCACCUAAGAUGGCUGAGCAUUCGCAGGGGAGUCUAGGUUUCAGACCCAUCGUGAAUGACAGGUACUGGCUGGAUUUAACGCCUAUGGAUAUUAUGUGGUGCACUGCAGAUACAGGCUGGGUGGUAGCUGCGAUAGGAUCUUUUUUUGACCCCUGGGCUCUUGGGUCUUGUGUAUUUGUACACCGCCUGCCGCAAGUGGAAUCAACCACCAUCCUGAAUACUCUCUCCCGGUUUCCCAUUACCACCAUCUUGGGAGCUCCAACCUUGUUCCGCAUGUUGGUGCAAAAUGAUCUUACCAGUUACAAGUUCAUGAGUCUGAAGUACUGCAUAAGUGGAGGGGAGCCGCUGAACCCUGAAGUCAUGGAGCAGUGGAAAAGCAAGACAGGGCUGGACAUCUAUGAAAUGUAUGGACAGACAGAAACGGGUAUGAUUUGUUCAAAUCUCAGAGGGAUGAAAAUCAAGCCUGGUUCCAUGGGAAAGGCGUGUGCACCGUAUGAUGUCCAGAUCAUAGAUGAAAACACAAAUGUUCUGCCUUCAGAAAAGGAAGGAGAGAUUGCCAUCAAAGUGAAGCCUGAAAGGCCUCUUGGUCUUUUCUUGCACUACGCUGAUAACCCAGAGAAAACAGCUGCAACGGAACGUGGCUCUUUUUACAUUACAGGGGACAGAGGAAAGAAAGAUAAGGAUGGGUAUAUUUGGUUUGUUGGAAGAAAUGACGAUAUCAUCAAUUCUUCAGGGUAUCGCAUUGGACCAUUUGAAGUGGAAAGUGCUCUUUUAGAGCACCCAGCUGUUGCAGAAGCCGCUGUUGUUAGCAGCCCAGACCAGCUCAGAGGAGAGGUAGUGAAGGCUUUUGUUGUUUUGUCCCUGAACUACAUGUCCCAAGAUAAGGAAAAAUUAACUCACGAGCUUCAAGAACAUGUCAAGAAGCUUACUGCUCCCUACAAAUAUCCAAGGAAGAUGGAAUUUGUCCAGGAAUUGCCAAAGACAAUCACAGGGAAAAUCCAAAGGAAUGAGUUAAGGAAGAAAGAAUGGGGAAAUGCUUAAUGUUGUUGGACGUAGCAACGUCUGGUGUACAAAGAUAAAGAGAAGAAGACCCUACGGGGGCAGCAAGGGCUAGUCAGAUGUGAGGACAGCACCUCCUCUUUCUAUUAAGUGUCAUUUUCUUGACUUAUCUCCAGAUUGGUGUUCUUGGGGGCAAUAUCCUGCUUCUUCUGGGAACUCUCUCUCUCUCAGUCAACUAGAUAGCGAGACACUAUCUCUAUCUCUCCUCUUCACUAUCAAGUAUGUAGUUCCUAAAUAAACUUUCUUUAUUCUUUAAUCA